AUGGACGCAGAUCGGAAUAGCCCACAUGAUGGGCUGAAUCAACAACAUGAGAAGCACCAAAGUCAAGAUCAUCAACAUCAGCAGCGUCUGCAGCGUCAUCAGCGUCAGCAUCAGCGAGAGCAGCUUCCACUCAGGGAGAGAAGAAGCACGAAUGAUACAAUGAAGGAGAAAAGGAAAUCAGAAGUCAUGAUUGCAGCUCAAUCACUGGAUAAUGAAGUACAAAGUGUGAAAAACCUAAAGAGGAUCUCCAUUGGUUCUAUGGAUAUGCUGUUGGAUCCAGAAUUAGAAUACAGAGUUAGUUCUAAUGCUGGUAAACAGGAGAAUAGGAAAUCAUGGACUUCAGGUGUCCCUGCGCGUCCGGCUGAAGAAGUAGAGAACAUGCAAAAUAGGGCAACUGUUCGAUAUACUUAUCCAUCAAGGGCGGUUGAAGGUGAACCAGACGAAUCAUUUGAAAGCGAAUUAUCAGAGAUCAGUUUUGACGUUACAAAUUCGGAAUAUUUGGAAGGUCUUGAUCCCAAUGAUGAUUCGAGUAUACAGAAGAGUGAAAAUGAUACGACUGAUUUAAGGGGAAGUCAAAAAUCCCAAGUCUCAUCAUCUGGAAGAAGCAUUAGUGGCGUGGGUACCUUGAAAAGGGGUGCAAGUAACAUACCGCUAAGAAAAACUUCAACGAGUUCAGAUGCCAGUAGUGGAUCUAAUGGUUCUUUGACUAAAAACUUGUUGUGGGUUCCAGCAAAUCAACAUCCUAACGUGAAACCAGAAAACUAUUUGGAAUUGGUUCAAGACACUUUGCAUAACAUUAGGCUUGAAGGUAAUGAAGAUGAACAAACUGGUAAUGACAUGAAUACAACGACAGCAAAGGUAGAACAUGGUACCAACAAGGAAAAUGAGGAUAAGGGUUAUCUACCCCGUAAGAACAAUUCUCUUGUGCGAAAACCAUCGCGUUUGAGAAAAUCUUAUACAGAAUUCGAUGAGGAAAAUGACGAUUAUCUAGACACGAGUGGGUUUUCGAAAAAGAGAUCUUCUGAAGAUGUUGAAGAUGCAUCUAACUUGACGAUCUCUUCUACGAAUUCAUCUAGGGCAGUUUCCUUAAGGGACAUUACAGAUGAGCUGACCAAAAUCUCAAAUAACGCUGGGUUGACCGACUCUGAUGCCAUUACGCUAGCAAGAACACUAAGUAUGGCUGGAUCCUUUACAAGUGAUGAACCGGAUGACAUCAUUGAAAACAGCCGCGGUACACAGGGAGAUGAUUUGCAAUAUUACAAUGAGGCUGAUGCCAUGGAAAAAAAAGAAGAUGACGCUGAAUUUGCCUCUAACAUGUUCAUGAAGAAUGGAUUUGUAAUUCCUGCUAGAUCUUCAUUGAGGAGAAGUAAAUUUAAUACUUAUCGUGUAAGGUCAGCCAGUGACGAAAAUUUGGAUGAGAACAAAUCUAUUAACUCUGGAUUGAGUGAUCACCACGGUCAUACUCACAGUGUUUUACCAUCACAAACUGAUUAUGUACCUACUCCAUCUUCCCGAGAAGAACGUUCAGUGGAUUCCAAAUCUUCACAGGACCGUCGCCUUGAGAAUAUGAAGGAAACGCCGGCAGACGAAGACUCAGCGGCAAGUGGUGCCUACGUGAAGCAGCAAGAUUACUUGGGUACCCCCGGAGAUCAACAUAGUCAUGGGAGUAAAUCUCCUUCACAAUUUAUUGGCGAAGACGGGUCAAAUUUGACGUCUCCAAGUACCAUCAGCGAUUUUCAAGAUAUUUAUGAUCAUUAUCGACAAUCUAGUGUGGAUUGGGAAAAGGAGUUGAAGAAAGAACGUGAUUUUGCCCAACAAAUGGACAGUUAUAAUAAACCAACCACCACAGAAGUACAUAUAGAGCCUCCAGUUCCAGAGGAAUCCCCAGAUCUUGCAGAUGCAUCAGCUGAAAAUCUAGUCGUCUCGAAGGACGACAGUCUUUCUUCUUCUGAAGUUUCAACUGAUAGCGUCUUGAUAAAACCGGAACAUGGUCAAUCUUUCGAAAGCACUGUGCCUCAGCAUUAUCACACACAACAGGAUACAGCAGAACAACAAGCCGGUAGUAGUUUUGUCACUGAACAGAACAAAUCAGAACCGAUUGCAUUUAAAUCCCAUGAAAGCAAUACUAGUAAUAGUAGUAACAGUAAUAGACAGGCUCAAAAAAGAGGAGGAUGGGCUCUCUUUAGUAUGGGGACUAAAGAUAUCUUGGGGGGAGAUCAAAGAAGUGACAAAGACGAAGAUAACAACCAAAUGGAGGAGUUCCAAUCGGAGGAGUAUGUGCCAAAAGAGAAUGCUGACUUCAUCAAAACGAGCACUCACAUGAGAACUGACUAUGAGCGCGUAGCCGCAGAUAGAAGUAAUCAUUCUAAGAACCGCCAUUCUCCCAUUUUUACGGAAAACAAUAAGAAAGAGAUUAUGGAGGAGUCUAGGCCAGAGCUUCAGAUUGAACCUAAAAUUGAAGACGUCCCUACUGAAACUGAUGAACAGAUGGAAACGAACUCUGAGUACUCGAAUUCUGAUUCCUCGAACUCAUUCUCAGCUCAGAAAUUGGAGAAAAAAUUCGUCAACCUAUUUAAGAGAAAGGGCAAAAAUAAGUCCUCUAGCAGCAAGACUGGUAAGACUCAUAAGAAGCUUGAAUUGACUAAAAAGGCUACAAACAACACUCUUCCAAAAUUUAGAAAAGCUGCCAAAGGCCAAUCCAAGCAAACAGAACUUUCUGAAAAUGAGCAGCUCUAUGACGCAUCAUCGGAUGGUGCUUCUCCCGAUAUUAGUUUGGGUGAGCCUGUUGACGACGCUGUAAUGGACACUAGUGCAGGUUCCUUCCAAGACGCUUCUGAAAUGAGGCAAGAGGAACAUUUGUCCCUACAGCCUGCUGUCAGCGUACAAAGCACAAAAUCUAGUCCUGGUAUAGUUGUCGAAUCAACCAAACAGCUCGAAAGUAAUGAGUCCCGAGAAGUUAGCGCUGAUAAUGUGGUUGCUACCCAAAUGGAGACAAAGAGUGUUCAGAUGAAAAAACAAGCUUCAUUAGAAAAAGAACAACAACGACAACAGCAGCAAAAACAGCAGCAAAAACAGCAGCAAAAACAGCAACAACAAUACCACCACCACCAACAACAAAAACAACAACAAAAACAGCCACAGAAGCAACAAGUUUCUAAUGGUCAACAGGUACAUCCUACUCCACCUGUUCAAAACCAACCACAGCCUUUACCGGCUCGUAAAUUAACAUUUAGCGAUGUUAAACGUUUAGACAGACCUAAUGCCCCUAUGCAAUUCACCGAUAGCGCCUUUGGAUUCCCAUUACCCAUGCUGACAGUUUCUACAGUAGUUAUGUUCGAUCACAGGUUACCUAUUAACGUGGAGAGAGCCAUCUAUAGGCUAAGUCAUUUGAAAUUAAGUGAUCCCAAGAGAGAGUUGAGGCAGCAAGUUAUGCUCAGUAAUUUCAUGUAUGCCUAUUUGAACUUGGUGAAUCAUACAUUGUACAUGGAGCAAGUAGCUCAAGAAGGUGGACAAGAAAUACCUACUGCAUCUAAAACCACCAACGCUGCUAGUACUGCUCAUACCGGUUCAGGCUCUUAUACCACGGAUCAAAAUGACGCCAAUGGCGCGAUAUGCAUACCAGAUAUUCAAGGAUAA